UAGUCAUGAGCAGCCUGUGUGUUUGGGGACAAAGACAACCGCUCGACUGCUGGAAAUAAGGGCAGAGUCCGUGCCCGCGAUUAAUUAAUAGUGGAUUUACACUGUCCGUGUCUGUUUUUUGGCUUCUACUUAACACUGUCAGCACGGCAUUGUUGAAGAGCAGGCGCUAGCUUAGCUCGCUAGCUGUGUGUUUGUGUUCGGGUUUAAAGGUCCGGUUCGGGUUCGGGUUUGGUACGGAGCUGUCGCUAAACUGGCGAGGUGACCAAUGAUGAAUCGGUUCCGAAAGUGGCUGUAUAAGCCAAAGAGGUCAGAUCCGCAGCUGCUGGCCCUGUUCUACUAUGCAGAUGAGGAGCUGAACCAGGUGGCCACUGAGCUGGACAGUCUGGACGGCAGAAAGGACCCUCAGAGGUGUACCCUGCUGGUCAACCAGUUCCGCUCCUGCCAGGACAAUGUGUUAAACAUCAUAAAUCAAAUUAUGGAUGAAUGCAUACCUGAAGACCGAGCCAACAGAGACUUCUGUGUGAAGUUCCCAGAAGAGAUCCGCCAUGACAACCUUGCCGGGCAGCUGUGGUUUGGGGCAGAGUGCCUGGCAGCAGGAUCGAUCAUCAUGAAUCGUGAAAUCGAGAGCAUGGCCAUGAGACCUCUGGCUAAAGACCUCACCCGUAGCCUGGAGGAAGUGCGCAACAUCACCCGAGACCAAGCGCUACGAGAUCUCAACAACUACACAGACCGCAUGAAGGAAGCGUUACGUCAGUUUGACGGCCUCUUCGCUGAGUUCGAGCUUAGCUACGUGUCAGCCAUGGUGCCUGUGAAGUCCCCUAAAGAGUAUUACAUCCAGCAGGAGGUGAUUGUGCUCUUCUGUGAGACCGUUGAGAGGGCCCUGAAGCUUGAUUAUCUUACACAAGACAUGAUUGACGACUACGAACCAGCUCUUAUGUUUACAAUUCCUAGACUUGCCAUUGUCUGUGGCCUUGUUAUCUACUCUGAAGGGCCUCUUAACCUCGACCGCAAACCAGAGGACAUGUCUGAACUCUUCCGGCCCUUCCGUACUUUGCUGAGAAAAAUAAGGGAUCUGCUGCAGACUCUAACAGAAGAAGAGCUCAUGACGCUGGAGCGUAGCCUCUGCAUCUCCCAGGAUGGGGAUUUUCCUGCAGUUUCCAGCUUGCCAUCGACCAAUGACCCAGCCGCUUCCACCGGUCCUGAGAGCCAUCUAGAGACUCUGGAAAAGGACGACAGAGUUAAGGAGGUGGUGGAUCUCACACUUUGUGUAGCCCAGGAAGAAGAUUCUGUAUGGAAGGAGGAUGAGGAGAAGAUGGGGAUUCCCGAGACCUCAAGUGAGAGUGAGGAAGAGGAGACCACGGAUAUAGACUUGGCUUGCUCCAUGCAGUAUGAUGAAGAAGAGAUAGAGCAACUUAAUAUGAUGGUGCAUCAAGUGGGGGACGAAAUGUCUACACUUCUUUCCCCUCCGAGUCAGAGUCAGUCCCCAGCCCGCCAGCCUCGACCCUACAGAGGAAGUAGCCUCGACGGUUCCAGUGCCGCCUCCAGCCAGCAGGCAUCUCCGCGGAGAGUCCCGGGCUCCUACCAUGAUGACGAUAGACUUUUCUUUAUGGACGACCUAGAGUCUGGUAUAACUAGCGAACUGUGUCGUGGACAACUUCCCCUUCCUACAAUAUGCCUCAGAUCCCCUGACCACAGCAGACCGGCCCCGUUGACCGACUCAUCGUGUAAUGGUUGGUUGACAAUCUGCCAAUCAAGCAACACCACCAAUCUGGAAUGUCAGCGCAAACUGAGCCAAUCGGAUGAGUCCUUGGGGAACUCCGACAGGUCACCCAUGGUGAAUGGCUGGGAAGGGUUACAGGGGGAAGAAAGUGUACAGACUGCCGAGGAAAUCGCCAAUCGCACCGGUGGAAUGAAGCUUUCCGCCACUGUUAUUUUUAACCCUCAUUCCCCAAGCUUGACCGACUUGGCCGUUGUCUUGCCUCAUUCAGCCGAUGCUUCUGAACCCGGUGAGGGUGGGGCUUUAGUUGCCACUCAGUGCCUGCUUAAUUCCUGUGUUUGCUGUGCUGGCGGAUGCGUCGACAACCACGAGGAUGCCAUGGAUCCGGCUGGCCGGGGCAUGGCGCUGGGAUUUGAUAAGCACAAGCUCACUAUCACAAGCUCUGUCAUCAAAUCGGCAGUAGCGGCCGCCAGCCCAGGGAAGGGAAAUGGACAUUUACCGCUCACCCUGCCCCCUUCACAGGGCCACCUCACCCCUUCUGUACCGCACUGUUCCUUGCAGAACCAAUCGAGAGAUGAGGAGGGCAGUCAGGACUGUACCCACUAUUCCUGCUGUGAUAAAUGCAUCUCAGAGGUUCUUCUUGCUCAGGAUAGAGGCUCGGGACAAGGGGAGGGAGGACCCAGUUGCACCCAUCAGGACGCAGGAUGCCGGACACAAUCUAACACUACAGUAAAAGGGAAAUUGGAAGGUUUUGGAAAACAGUCCAAAGAAGAUAACAGAAAGAUAUCUAGUUCUCUGGAGUCCCCCCUCAGUUCUGUCCCCAGCAGUGAGAUUGACGGUGUUUCUGUCACUACAUGCAGUUUUUCAAGUUCAUACACACCCAGCCCUGUCAGUAGCCUGACAACCAGCUCGGACAUGUCUGAGGAUCUGGAUCACCAGGAGAUUCAAGUGGCUUUGCAAGCUGCCAAACUUGCUGCUCACAACAAAAUUCGCUCACGUUUCCAUAGCAGUAGUGACCUCAUCCAUCGUCUUUUUGUCUGCAUAUCAGGUGUGGCCGAUCAGUUGCAAACAAAUUAUGCAAGUGACCUGCGAAGCAUCUUAAAGACUCUAUUUGAGGUUAUGGCUACAAAAGCUGACCAAGGUGACAAUGAGAAUCCCAAGAAAGGUCCGUGUCUGGGUAGUGCAGUUCUGGAAGAUUGCGCUCUCUGUCAAGAGACAAUCUCUUCAUCAGAGCUCGCUGCCAAAGCCCGAGAGGGACAGUUUGAAGACCCUCCUGAAUGGGUGCCAGAUGAGGCCUGCAAUUCCUGCAUUGCCUGUGAAGCGCCAUUUACAGUCAUCAGAAGAAAACAUCACUGCAGGAGCUGUGGAAAGAUCUUCUGUUCCCGUUGCUCUUCACACUCAGCUCCGUUGCCUAGAUACGGUCAGAUGAAGCCAGUGAGAGUUUGCACUCACUGCUACAUGUUCCACGUAACACCUUUCUACAGCGACAGGACUGGUAUCUGACCACACACACACACACACACACACACGGAGACAUAAGCACACUACAAGAAGUUUUCCUGAGGUUUGAUACUUCAGCAAGAACAGACAUGCACAUCAUCAUCAUCAUCAUCCAAAAAAAAAAAAAAAAA